UCGUGAAGAAGAAAGAAUCACUUUCUCUCCCCUGCAACCUAAAAUAUCCAUCAACACAGAUAACGUUCUUUGGUUGCAGAUGGCUUGGUGGAAAACCAUACUUUUAUUAUUGUUAAUUCAAACUUCAUCAGUUCCCGCUACCAACGAUAAUUUCGACUCAACGUUAUCUCGCUCCUCACAAUUUAGACAAUGGGAGAGCAAGCAGCUUCUGGGAUACGCUUUCAAACGGUUUGACUCUACAAGUUUAAUAUCGUGCGGUCAACAGUGUCUGAGAAACCAACGUUGCUCUUCAACAAACUUCAAGUGGUCCUCCUCUAAGAAGGACGGCGAAGGAACAUGUGAGCUGAACGACCACGAGCUUUCCUUUGUUGAGGAAAAUGUUAACUUCGUCCAUCAGGAAGAUGUAACGUUUUCCAUGAAGGUUCGAAAGGUCUGCCCACUUGAUUGGAUUGUUUUUGGACGCUCGUGUUAUCUCCUUUUCGACACCCCUACCCCGAAUUGGAGCGAUGCCCAGAGUAUCUGUCAGACUCAUGGGGCACACCUACCCAUUAUCAGAUCUUCCGAUGAAAACAACUUUAUGUGCCGUCUAGCUCUGAGCCAGCCAAACGGUAAAGUCAGCGGUACAUGGCUUGGACUUACACGGAGAAAACCCAAAGGUGCCUUCUACUGGGUUGAUGAUACACCUUUAGCGGGGCAGUUCUCUGCGUGGGCGGCUGGGGAACCGAAUAAUAGAAGAAACGAAGAGGAUUGUGCAUACAUUAUUUCUCAAGGAGGUGGACAGGGAAAGUGGAAUGACUGUGGAUGUACGUGUGCAUACCUUGCUCCACACGGGCCUGUGGUUCUUUGUCAGAAGGAAGUCAAGUGAGGGGUCAAUUCCUUGGGUGUUUCGACUUGAUGCAAGAAUUUGUUUUUCAGCAGCAACUACGAUGUGUUCGAUAGAGUGAAGAUAAUCAAAAGAAAAGGAAAUAUUAAGAUUUUUUAUCAUCCUUGAUCCCUGCAUAUGACUCCUUUGUGAGCCUUAGAGCGUAGGAUUAGGCCCUAAAAAACAGGAUCAAUUAAUUUUAAAUGGGCGAUGAUUCUUGUUCUUUUUCGAAUUUUUUAUCUGUAGGUUUAAUUUUUAUGCUUUUUACACUCUCUUUAACAGUAAAAACACCCUUUCGGUGCUCUCAAUCUCCCCUUGAAAACAAACGG